UAAAUGUCAACACAAUGACAGCUGUCAACUCGAUUUUCCUUUCUUUCCGGUGACUGCUCCACAGAAGACGCUAAAGAUGUUUAUGCCAAAGGCUCAUCGUGUCGCUAUUUACGAAUACCUCUUCAAAGAGGGUGUUAUCGUAGCCAAAAAAGAUACCCAUGCUCCUAAGCACCCCGAGCUCGAGAGCAUUCCUAACUUGCAUGUCAUCAAAACAAUGCAGUCCCUCCACUCCCGUGGCUUGGUUAAGGAACAAUUCGCCUGGAGACAUUACUACUGGUACUUGACCAACGAAGGUAUUGAGUUCUUGCGUAGCUACUUGCACUUGCCUCCUGAGAUUGUUCCCGCCACUCUCAAGCGUCCCACCAGACCCGAAACUGUACGUCCCCGCCCAGCUGCUGCUGCUCGUUCCGGUGAUGUUAGCAAGACUGGUGAAGAUCGCUCUGCUUACAGACGUGCCCCCGGUGGUGCUGACAAGAAGGGUGAUGUAGGCGCUGGUGCCGGUGAUGUUGAAUUCCGUGGCGGUUUCGGUCGUGGUCGUCCCCAAUAAAUAAGUUAAAUGUGACAUGGGUGAUAUUCAACCUCUGCAAGUAGUUUUUAUAAAUCUUUUUGUUCGUCAUGCAACAAAGAUGUUUUUCUAUUUUAAAAGAAAAUGAUAAAAUAUAAAAAUAUUUAAAAGAAACAAAACAAA